AUGGUCAAGACGCACAGCUACACGAACCGCUUCACCGUCAACGAGAGCAGGGACAAGGUCGUGGCGCUCCUCCACGACCCGCAACGCUUCCUCCGCCUGCCAAACGACCGGGUCGAGCUCGAGAACAAGGGCGACGUCUGGAUCGUCACCGAAAACAUCCCCGCCCUGUCGAUGCAGUCGACGACGAGCGUGACUUUGACGCCGACGGCCGACGGCCUCCACGUCGUGCGGCGCACGCAGGGGGUGCAGCUCACCUUUACCUCGGUGUGGACCGUGUGCGAGCACGACGAGGCCGACAGCUGUGAGCUCGUCGAAGAGGUCCAGGUCGAGGCGUCCUGGAUGGUCAUGCCCAUCGUCAAGACGCGCCUCGCCGCCAGCCAGAGCGAGAUGGAAAAGAACCUCCGCUGCGCCAUCGCCGGUUAG